AUGGCGUUGACUGUGACAGCUCCACUGGCGCCAUGUCUGUACACCGAGGCCCGCCUGAACAUCGAGCCGACUUACGCCAAUUCCACCCUACACAUCCCCACCGAAGGACAAUCCUCCUUCUUCUCGCGCAAACGUCCAAGGAGCGACGAGACCCUGGUUGACGCCGAUGAAGAGGCAUACGCGAAACGCCACCUAGCUACCGAGUCGUCCAUCUUCUUCCGUCGUCAGAACAGAAACCCGCGAUGCUUUCUCUGGCGCGUGCUUGAGGAGGGAAGACUGCUACACAUUCAGAGCGUCGACCUGAUCCAGGCCCGCAGAAACACCCAAGAAAGUGUCAUAACCUUCGCCUUGAGCUUCGCCAAUCCCAUCCGACCCAAUGGUGUCGCCUUUGCCGAUGCCGUCGAGCGCGACGCUCUCGAAGUCUUCGUCUUGACCACUUCCAAUGAACUCUUUACCUUUACCCUACGCAAGGACCUCCUACUACGUGGCUCGCUACCCUCAGCUGCCGACUUCGAUCCCGCCAGCUGCUUCAAAGUACACCAGUCGCCUUCGUUCAGCUUCCGAUCUCCCUACAAGCUCGUCGCUCUUAGUUCGAUGGACCUGCUUGUUUCUCUCAGCGACGGCGGCUUGUUACGUCUCUCAAGAAGUGUUGGUCAGGGCUCGGGAUCAUGGCAUGAGACUUCGUUUAGCGAACCUGGUUGGGGAUCAUCUUUCAAGACUUUCUUCUCCAUGAGAGGCCACAACACCGUCAAGUUCAACGGCAUGGAUCUUGAGCCUUCUACUGCUGCUGCAAUCGCCUUAUCGCCCGACACAACACAUGUUUUCACCGUGUGCCUCGACCACACUUUGAAGGCCUGGAACACUCAGACCGGAAAAUUAGGCGUGCAAACAGAUCUCCUGAAUGAGAACGUCAAGGAUUUACAAUCCGGUUCACCUCAGUUCUUGAUGAGUCCUGCUCAAGGAACGCUUCUCAAACUUCUUCAAGUUGAUGGAAGCCCUGAUGGUGACAUGUACUACGCUGUUACGAACUCACCGAAGGACCAUCAAUUCAAGUUUUGGGCAAUCAUGGAUCCCGACGAUGUUGAAUUGGGCAUUCGCGACGUUCAACCAGACACCAAACUGAUUCCACCUCUUGACGAACUGAUGAACACAAACGCCUGGCAACUUGUCGAAUACCAUGUCCGUCCUUCGAAAGGCUGGCGCAACACUCAGCUUUGGAUCAGAGUCAGAUCUGGUGCUAUCUGUAAGAUCUUCACUUUGACCUUCGAUCUGCUUGCCGGACCUGAAGACCUUGAGGAUGCUUGGCGCAACAACUGGGCCUUUGUCGAUGAUGGGUCUCUUACCAUUGAGGCUCUGAUGGAUGACCCAUCAUACCCAGGAGACGCUGACAUUCAGCUUGUGGUAGAAGACUGUUCCAGUCUCAGCGACCGUUGGCUCGACUUCUUCUUCUAUCCCGGCAGGUUUAGUGUACCUAUGCUGGAAAGCGCAUUGCACAUCUACAAAAAGGGUCUGAAACUUUCAACUGAAUCAUCUCGAUCGACCAAGGAAAGUCCUCUAAAAGGAAGAAUCUGCGAUGCCAUUGCUGCCAAAAUCGAUGUUGAUCAAGAUGCUGAAGGCCAGCUUGAUUUUGCCAAGUACCAAUCCGAAAUUGCCGCACAAUGGCAUGUGUUCUUUGGUCUUGUACGACACCUCCACACUAGGCGUGGUGAUUCUCUUUCUCUGGCAUUUGAUAUGGAUACCGACCUUGCGUGGUCAGUCAGAGCAGAUCAAGUCGGCCCUGUCAGACAAUGUAGCGAAGUUGAGGUUAUGAAUCUCAACAAAGAUGUCUUCCUUACCCAAGAAGAUUCUUUCAUCGUCAACUCCAUGCCCCUUGCCGACCACCUGACUGAUGAGAACAGUGUGCACAUUGGUCGCCUGCUUGCAGGUGCGAGAACGUUCAGGAGGGGACUAUCUUCUGACUUCCAGGCACUCUUCGUGAAGGCAACUGCUGCGGAUGCCCUCAAGAUUGGUAUCAAUGCCACCACUCCGAACGGUACCCAGGACAAGCACCUUGAGGACUUGCGUCAACUUUACGAAUUGUGCGCCCUGCACACAGAAGUUACGGACGAGGACUUCAACCAAUUAACAGACUCGAUGCAAGAUCUUGGAGGUCUUGGUGAUCUGGACAAUGAACUGUUCUACGUUGCUCUUGAACGCCUUGUUGAACCUGAACAGGGCGCUGACGGAGAUCAAGCGCUCACUCGUUAUGGAGACAAGGCAACCAUCCGGGGUGCCCAGGACACUCUUACCAUGACGAGAGACAUCAUUCUCGACCUCCUCGCCUUGGUGGUCUUCAUGGCUGGCGAUCUUGAGGAGGAAGAACUUUCGCCAGAGUUCAGACCAUCAGAGUUGUACGAGCAGCUGGUAGUGAAGCUCAAAGAACAUAAUGUUCUGCUUUGGCUUGCUAGCAACGUCCGAGAGGAGCCAUCGAAGAAGGCCAAGGACGCCCCCGAAAGUCCCGUAUCGAAGUCCAACAAAUCUCUGUCUCAUCCUACUCUGACAGUGCUUGAAAGCAUCUUUAUUGGAGAUUGGCACAGCUUGCGGUUCCCAGCUUCGGAGACUCUUCCCUUCCUCAUCACCUAUUGGUGCCGCGCGUGGACGUAUGGGGCUAACAUCUCCAAUGCUUACAACGAUGUUGUCUUGUAUGUUUUGGGCAAUCUCAUAAAGCACCAAGAUUACAAUCUAGCUACCGAUUUCCUCAGAUUCGUGCCGGAAGGACCGUGGGCCUCCUAUCUCCGAGGUAGACUGAAUCUUGCAGUCGGUGAAUACGCUCUGGCCGCCGAGUAUUUCAAGCAAGCAGCUGAGAAGCUCGCUGAGAAGACCCUCAAGAUCGAUGGACUGGAUACGUCGAACCUAAUUGAUCCUCAAGCGCGCAACUUUUUCAACGAUGGAUUGCCUCGCUACUAUUUGCACAUUUCAUACCUUUUCGAGCGCAGUCGUCUGCACGCAUAUACGGCCGACUUUGCUUCUCUCGCUGCUCAGGAGUUUGCAGUGAAUUUCGAAAACUUCGACGACAACUCUUUGAUUGAUCUGGACACGCGCAAGCAGGGCAUGCAGAGUAGUCCGGCAGCCACAAAGGUCAAUUUGGCAAUGGAAGAGAUCAAGCUUUUGCGCGUGCGUGAGCUGAAGGAAGACAUUCUUACUCGCGUGUUCAACGCUUCGUUGCAGAUUUGUCGCUACAAGCCUGCGUUUGAUGCUUUGCUUGUACUUGGCAACCCUGUGCUACGCAAGACGUCACUUCAGGCUCUGCUACAAUCGCUCAUUGCGACCAACAGAAUAAGCACUCUUCUUUCUCUGCCGUUCCCGGAGUAUCUCCUUCCCGAGGUUGACGACAUACUGCUUUCACUAGCACGCAAGCAUCUGUCUUUCUCACCGACACCCACGCCUGGACAACCUCAGUACCAUCAAGUCAUGUACACGUGGCGUAUUCACAACAAUGACUUCCGUGGAGCUGCCGAGAUACUGUUCGAGCGUCUGCAGCGCCUCCGACACAGCACGGCCAAGGUGUUUGAGCCUGAUGACGAGACGUUGGUUGAGGCGUACUUGGUCUUGAUCAACACGCUCGCGUGCUGCGGCAAGGACGAGGGCUGGAUUCUUGCAGAGAGAGUCGAGGAGGAAUACCAGCGUGGUAAGAGCGUGUCAGCAAGUCAUGGCAAGAAGCGCAGAAUUGUUACGCUGGAAGAUGUGCGCAAAGAGUACCAAGCAGAGCUGGACCGCAGGAGCGAGAUGCAGCAAGGCAGAUUUGCAUUGACCACAAGUGAUGAGAUGGAUAUGUUCUGA